CUCGGACACGUCCGUUGUCUUCAAAGCGUUGAAUUUUAACAAAGAAAUUCAUUUUUCGCCGUUUUAUGUAGUGAUUUUAUUAUAUUUCUAUUUAUUUAGACAUCGAAGGAAAACAUGUUGAAAGUCAAACCGCUGGGUUGAGGAAAUUUCGCACUUUGAGGUCGAAUGGAGGGUUUCGGCGCUUUUAAGGUUUACCCUUGACAAUCUCGUAGUAGCUUUUUUUUCUGCUUUGGUAUUUUUCAUGUAUCUCUGUCUGCGGACUCUCUUCGAUAAAAGUUGUCCGUCAGUGCUGUGAAUUGUGCCGUUUCGCGAGUGUUCUCCAAUAAUGUGUCAUGUCCCAGAAUACUAAAGUCGUCAACGGUGCCCAGGCUCAAGAGGAGGAUGAGGCUAAGUCAGACGAAUCUCCUCGAAUCGUCGGCGAACAAAAAGAAGGGAACGAGAACCUCGCAGACGGUCCGUCAACAGCACAAACAGACAACACUACGAACACUCAACUUGACGCAGCGGUACAGCCAAAAACAAUUUCGAACGGAGAUCUAGGUAAAAAGGCAAAUGGAGCCGCCCUUAGGACCAACAGUCUCGGUUCUGGCACCCCACCGAUCGAGAGGAAGAGCAAGUUCUCAGCCUUCGGUCGCCUCUUUAAACCAUGGAAGUGGAAACGAAAGAAGAAGUCUGAAAAGUUCGAAGCCGCGUCUAGAUCACUCGAAAGGAAGAUCUCAGUGCGUGCCCCCCGUGAUGAACUCGUCCAAAAGGGCAUCCUUCUCUUGGACAGCCCAACAUCUCCUCUUCCAGGUGCUCUUCCUCAGACGAGGCUGUACGAGAGCACGCCGUUGGUUUGUAUCCAGCCGAUUCACCCGAUUCAGGUGACACCCAAUCACCCUCCUCAGUUCCAGUUACCUCCUUUACUGCCGAACUCCCAGCAACACAAUUUUCACGAAUUGAAGAAGGAGAAAGGUGAAGGAGAAUCAAAUGGGAGCUGCAGAGGGAAUGAUGACAUACCUCCACCGAUGCCAUCCACGAAGCCAGAGAGGCCUUCAUCGCUUGGACCCAGCAAGUUGACAAGGAGGCUUCUCUGCUAUCAUAAUGAUCUAUACACAUCCUCACCGACCCUUCCGAACAGCCUACCACCGCACACAGGUUGUGACGAUGGCUCCUUACCGUUGGAGAGCCCUGUACCUGGAGAACAGCAUUUGACGCUCUCUGAGCUCCCUGAACCACCCAUUCCUGUAUCAGAAAUAGGACCUAUACCUCCCCCUCCAAUGUUCAGUAAUAUUUCACACCCGUUAUCUAGUGACCUCACUGACUACCCUUACGAAGAUUCGAUUGAGAAUGAAGUUUAUUCUGAAGGCGAAGGCUCUGAAUCAGAUGAAACUUCAUCACUUCGACUAAGCCAACCGAAUCCAAGUAUAGAUACUACGAGGGUGGAAGAAAUACCAGCUAAAGAGCCCAAGUUUCACGCAGUGCCAUUAAAGUCUGCCCUUAAAAAACCUCCAACUCCUACCCAAGAGUCUCCACAGCUACAAAUGAAAAGGCCGCCACUUCGACCUAGGAUAAUAAUUUGCAAACGACCAGUGAGAUUUGGUUUGUCACUAGCUUGCACACUUGAAAACAAGGAGAAUGCAAGGCCUUGUGAUGACAAUGAGGGUAGCGACUCUUCAGGUGAUGGUGCGAUCCUUUACAGGGAUGACGAUCCAGAAAGUAGGUUAGCUGCAAAAAUAGCCAGGAAAGAUAGUCUAGCCCUGAAGCUGGCAUUGAGGCCAGAUCGGCAAGAACUCAUCGACAGGAACAUUCUACAAAUACAGACUGAAAAGGAAAGGCAGGAAACCAAAGAAGCAGUAGGAGCAAAACUGAUAAGGAGGCUUAGCAUGAGACCAACACAGGAAGAAUUAGAAGAAAGAAAUAUUUUAAAAAAGCAAACUGCAGCCGAAGAGAAAAAACUGAAAGAAGAAAAGAAACGAAUGUUACUUCGAAAACUAAGCUUUAGACCUACUGUUGAAGAACUGAAAGAAAAGAAGAUAAUCCGAUUUAAUGAUUACAUCGAAGUGACUCAAGCUCACGAUUAUGACAGGAGGGCUGACAAACCUUGGACGCGUCUUACUCCAAAGGACAAGGCGGCGAUUAGAAAAGAGCUUAAUGAAUUUAAAAGUUCUGAAAUGGAAGUUCAUCAGGAAAGCCGACAUCUCACAAGGUACCACAGACCAUGACGUUUGGCGGCAUCAGCAAUUUUUAGAUGUACAGUAUUAUUUACCAAGCUAAUGUAUAUACCAUACAUGCUAAUGCUACCUGCACCAGUGUAGAGCCUCAAAAUAAUUUUUUUAAUGUUUGUAUAUAACAAUAUAUAAAUUAUAUAGAAUAAGAAGACACCAUUCCAUCUAUAGGAAUGGUUAAGUAGUGCGAUUACGCACCCUACAACAGCUCUGUAUAGUCAGAGUACAAUGUUUUUAAUGUUGUUAUUAGAAAUAUUUGUAUCUUUCGUUUUUGUAUAUUAAACAAAGGAAAAGUUUUAAAACGAUUUUGGCAAUGUUUGCUCAGUUCGUGUAAACAUCCCUAAAGCAAGAAAAUUCUAAAUUUAUAUUUUCAGAUUUAAUUUGUAUCUCGUCCGUCUGGACGUUUAGCUUAAAAGAGGGAAUUGUUGCAAAUUGACUAUGCCAAAUAGUGCAAUCACUUGUAUUUACAGGACUGUAGGAAAUGACUUCACGGACUGGGUUUUGCCAUGUUCACCUUGCAAAUAUAAUAAUUGUGAUAAUUUUGGCAGAAUGUGAUAUAAUUUAAUACAAUUUUGUUCAUCCGUCAUAUUGUCAUAAAAGUAAAUCUAUCGAGAUAGGUUAAUAUGAUUUUAUUUAUCAUAAUACCAUUUGUUGUUUAUUAUAUUUUUUUAUUAAUUUAUUAUUUUGUUUUGUUUGGUUUUCCAACCCUUUGAAAUGAUAAUUGACCGCUAAGUACAUUUAGUUCUAUAUUAGAGAAAGUUUUAACUAAAAUAUGAAAUACAUAUUUUAAUUGUCUUUUUUUUUAAAGUUUACUAAAUUGUAUCACUCUAACUUUUGUCUUUAAAUCAAAUUUAGAUAUAAAAACGUGAAGGUUUUUGUUUUUUAUAAAAACAAAUAUUAAAUAAUUUUGUGCAAUAUCAUAUAUUUUCAAUGUAAUUUUUGAUAAUUAGAAAUGUUUAUUCUGAAUAGAAGUAUUAUAAUAAAUUGUAACACGAGUUCUAUAGAUUUACUUUUAAAACUAGAGAAAAUAUGUUGAAAUGCCUUUUUCAACAAUACUUCUAUACUUUUAUAUUUUCCCUGUAUAGAAUAAAAAUAUUAAAAAAUUUAAAAAAAAAAGGAAAAAAGAGAGAUAAUGGACAACUCAGAUUUGUGAGGGAACCUACUUCCUAUACCUUUUUAUACAUUAUUUCUGUAAAUAUGAAAUAAAAGACAAAUUUUUUCCAA